UGCAAACUGAUCGCUCUUUAUCUGUGUGUGUGUGCAUGGCAGUGUAUUCUGGCUGCUGUGACAGCCUCUCUGCUGUGAGAGUAGGGGGAUGCUCGUACAGUGAGGAUUUCUGAAAAAAAGGGGUGUUGCUGCUGUCUGAUGCUGUGGAGAGAGGAGUCGGCACCCCUCUCUCUCUCUCUCUCUCUCUGUCUCUCUCUCUCGCCGUUGUUCCUGCUCUCUCAUGCUGCUGCCUUAGACAGCCCUACACACUCCGCUCGUCUGGAUGGAGGCGCAGGGAGGGGCAAGUACCCCAGCAGAGUCCAGCAAAGACAUUCAGAACCUGCUGAAGCCCUCCAGUUCAGGGGAUCUGACCAGUGCACCUUCCCACAACCUUACAGAGGAGGAGGAGAGUGGAAUCACCGUCCCCAGCUCCGGGCUGCUGCAAGUCACUGAGAGGAGACAGCCCCUCAGUAGUGUGUCCUCCCUGGAGGUGCACUUUGACCUUCUGGACUUGACCGAGCUCACAGACAUGUCUGACCAGGAACUUGCCGAGGUCUUUGCUGAUUCGGAUGAAGAAAACCAAAACGAAUCUCCAGCAAGCCAUCACCAGCCCCCUCUGCCUAGGGGAGGGUAUAUGCGCUCACCUUCCUGGACCCGCUGUAGCAAAGGGGAGCAGACACGGGACAGGAAGCACCACAGUGAUUCAGACAACACAGAGCCCUUCCUGAAGAUGGAGCGGCCCAAGCAGCCCUGAGGGACCUAGCGAAGCCACCCGACCCAGAGAACAAUGGUGCUAAAGGAACUGUCAAAUGAAUGCUGUGCACUGUAACAUAAAACAUAGGCAAAAGCUGUGAGUGAAACACACCAAUUUAUGCAUCUCUCUCAAUACAUACAUUUCUCUUGUUUUAUGCGCGAGGGAUUCUGUUAGCACAAAAGUUGAGGAACAUGAAUUUGUGGAGGUUUCCUUUUAGGAGGCUGACUGGGCAGGGGCUCGUUCGGCAAAUACACCCAGCCGUGAUGCAUGCUGGGACUUUGGAACUACCAGCCUCAGAGUGGUAGGAGGCUCUAGGUGUGGGACUAGCACAAAGAGACUGUGCUGAAGUCCACACGCAUUGGGCAGGGUUUUAAGAACAGUCUUCUUUUGAAGCAGUGUUCUUUUAAAGCACUUUUUGAACAAUUGCUAGAUAAUAGAGGUACAGGUCAUAGAGUCCACUCAGUACAGGCCAUCAUCUGCACCUCAUCUGCUUUUGAAACUUAUCUUU